GUUCUGUCAAAGUUAGUAAGCUCUUGGUGUAGGUUUUGUUUUUUUUUCUAUUAUUUUUAUUUUAUUUAUUUAAAUUAUACAGAAACUUUUAGUUAAAUUUACACCGUUUUAGUUUUUUUUUUUGGUUUUUAAACAUGAAGCCUAAGUUAAAAUCCCCCGACAAAAAGUCCGACCUAAAUAAGCCCUUGAAAGUGUCCAAACCAAAACCUAGGUCCAAAAAGUCUUUAUUAAAUGCUGCAUCCCCAAAAAAUGCUACUAUGCUAGAUAAUUGGAUUAAAAAGGAAAAAGUGGGCGACGACGAGUCGGGCAGGAUUACAGAAGCUGUAAGUAAUAAUGGAGAGAAUGUUAAAAAACCACAAAAAGUUCAGAAGAACCCAGGAACUUCGAACAAACUCUUCCUUUAUAUUAAACUUAACAAGUUGGACCUGACAGGCUCAUUACCAAAUAGUACAAAAGAAAAACAAACCGGUUCUUCUACUACAGCAAAAAAACCAGAGGAAAAUGGAAAUAUUGAGGGAAAAAUCUAUGUAAGACUAAAAAAUAAACAUUAUAAGUGUGUAAAAUGUGAUUUCACUCACUUGAAGCAUCAUGGACUAAAGACCCACUUUGACAAAACCCACAACACCAAUGUUUACAAAUGUAAGCUCUGCCCGUUUGAAACCAAACAACAAUACUACUUUAAUACCCAUAUAAAAUUCCAUGCAAUGCCCGAUGUAAAAUGCCCCUACUGCCAAAAGAUGAUCAAACAAUUCAGCUAUAGGAUGCAUAUUAAGGUCCAUGAAAGAAAUAACCAGACUGAAUAUAAAUGUGAUUAUUGUGAUUAUAGAAGUUAUAAUCAUGCUAAUGUGAAGAGGCAUAUGAUAACACAUAAAGAUUAUGAGGAGUUGACACAAUAUAAAUGUGAUCAAUGUCAUUUUGUUACAGUUUAUAAAGAACGUCUAAAAUGCCACAAACAGACCCACACCCAAGAAGGAAAAUGGACAAAGUGUCCCCUAUGCGAUUUCAGCACCCGUUACCGAGCUCACCUGCGACGUCACCUUUUAAACAGCCACGGAGAAAGGAACAUCGAAUGUCCUCAGUGUCCCCAAAAGUUCACCAGCGAAUUAAAUUUAAAAAACCACAUGAAGAGGAAGCACGUCGACGAGAGCGAGAAAAAGUAUUACUAUUGUGAGAUGUGCCCCAAGGAAAAUCAGUAUAGGACCACCGAGAAACCGAAUUUGAUAAGGCACACAUUAGUGCACAGGACUAUGGAUGAGAUUGAGGUGUUUGCUUGUCACAAAUGUCCAUAUCUGGGCAAAACGAGGAACGCGUUGAAAGUUCAUCUGAUUAACGCCCAUUUGCCCGAAAUGCACACGCACAAGUGCUCCAUCUGCGGCUACUCUACCAUAACUAAAUCUAGAUACCAAUUGCAUGUCAGGGAAGUCCAUGGAAAACCAAUCAAAUUUCAAAGGAAAAAUAACGUGAAUAAUAAUAGUGGCGAAACUGGAGAGGAGGCAAAGGUUUAACUGGACGUUUAAAGCAUUUUUGUCUGUAAUUUUUAGUUUCUACUUUUUGCACACCAUUAUACACCAUUGUUAAAUUUAAUUGAAAAUUUUAGUUUAAGGUAUAUAUACAUUUAUUAUUUGUGGUUAAGUAUAAUAUUUUACUUGUCUUUCUUUAUUGUACCUUUUUAUGUAUACAUUAAAAGGCAAUUAUACCAAAAA